AGCACGCCCUUAAUAUUGUUGUUUGGGUAAAGACAUUCGAGAGAAUGGUUGCCCUGAAAUUUGGGAGUCUACCGGAAAAAUCGGGAGGGUUGGCAAGUGUGACCCUGUCAAGCGCCAUUCAUAUAGAACUUGCGGGCCGUACUAACAUUACAUUUUCAUAUUAAGGUGCAGGCCGUAAAAUAACGUCUCGCGGGCCACAAUUGGCCUGCGGGCCGCCUGUCUGAGACCGAUGCCUUAGUGGUUAGCUGGGAAAACAGAGAGACAAGACAAGAGGCUUUGCAACUUUAAAUUGAGUGAGCAGCACCACCUGUCGUAAGUGCAUGGAUCACACAGGAUGUGAUUUGUUUUUAAUUGUUUGAAGAACAUAGUUUUUUUUUAUUGCAAAUCGUUAGGCGUGAGUAAAAAAACAAAAUUUUUGCGUGUUUGUAGUUUUGGCUGUAAUUUCACUCCAUAAAUGUUUAUUUCAGAUGUUUGAUGAAGAAAAAAAAAAAUAUAUAUAUAUAUAUAUAUAAAUAAUAUAUACCGGUAUGUCUUUGUGUGUGUGUAUAUACAUAUAUAGUGUUUUUCUGUUUUUUAUUUGCUGGCAUCUGGGUUGCACGCACAUGAAGUGCACAUCCCUACACAUCAAUGGGGACAGCCUUGUUAUUGCAGACGCAGUACCGGCAGUAGCACCAACGGGAUUUCAGACGUGUCCAAAUGACACCAGGAAACCCGCCCAAUCGGUUCUUGCUGACGGAACCUGUGGUCGAGUUGCUGGAAGUGUAGACGCAGGCACUGGUUUAAAACAAACGUCAAGUCGAAUUCCAUGUACAGAUACGUUGUAUGAUUUGUUUUUCACAAUAAACUAACCCGUAUACUUUAGCGCGUUAGUGUUUUUAUUUUGAAAGGCAAAACCGGAACUAGUGCUUUCCACUGUGACUGACUACAUCCAGGACGUCCCUCCCUGGCUGCUGCCGGUGCAUGCAAGCACUGAGCAGCCGUGGUGGAACCGCGGGAGUGGAGGCCGGAGCCAGACCGUACUGCGGCAGAAACGGUGUGUAGCUCGAGCAGCUGCAGCGGUGCAGACAUGAGUGUGACAUCCUGGUUCCUGGUGAGCAGCGGGGGCACUCGCCACCGACUGCCCCGGGAGAUGAUCUUUGUUGGCCGGGACGAUUGUGAGCUCAUGCUACAGUCACGCAGCGUGGACAAGCAGCACGCCGUCAUCAACUACGAGCCAGGCUUGGAUGAACACAAAGUCAAGGACCUGGGCAGUCUGAAUGGGACCUUUGUAAAUGACGUCCGCAUUCAAGAGCAGAUGUACAUCACCCUCAAUCUGGAGGACAAGCUGAGGUUUGGAUAUGAUACCAACUGGUUCACGGUGGAAAGAGGCGAGCUCACUGUACCCGAGGAGGCUCUCAAGCAUGAGAAGUUCACCAGCGGCCUCCAGCUGAGCAAGAAGCCGACGGCCAAAGGUGAAACCACGAGCAAGUCUCCCGUUAAGACCCCGUCAAAGACGCAAAAGUCUUCUCCCAGUGGCGGCGCCCCGAGGCCCGGCCAGAAAACAACAGAUGGGGUCUCCCCCUCGAGAGAGCCCACACUUAAAUCUGGAGACACUCACAAAGCAGAGGAGAAGACUGGAGGAGAUGGUGCAGCUCUGCCUCGUGGGACCCCCUUGUACGGCCAGCCGGCUUGGUGGGGGUACGGAGACACAGAUGAGAAGAACUCUUUCAAACUGGACACCAAGAUCUCCGGCAGGAAGCAUGACCUCACUGAGGGCAAAGAGGCCCGCCGGGGAGAGCCAACGAAAGAGGACGGCCACAAUCUAAGCUACAUGGAGAUGCCUACCAAGGAGAAUCAUUUGGCCACUAAUGGCAUCCAUGAGAUUCCAACCAAGGACACGGAGGGCUCCGCUUCUCAAGGCAGUGCAGCUCAAGGCCACGCCUCCUUCACGAUAGAGUUCGACAACACUUCCCCGGGGAAGGUCACCAUCAAAGAUCACGUGUCAAGGUUCAUGCCAGGCCAGCACAGGACGCGCGCCAAGAGGAGUGGAGCGGGAAGCGGAGGGUCGGGCGACCGGGACCUGAGCACGCUCCAGGCGGCCAUGAUGGCGUCGGAGAGCAAGGUGGCCGACUGGCUGGCGCAGAACGACCCUACGUUGAUCCGCGGCGAGUCGACGGAGGAGGACAGCAAGAGCAACAAGAGUGACGUGCCGGUGCAUCUCAAAAGGUUGAAAGGCAGCAAACACGAAGACGGCACCCAAAGCGACUCUGAGAACGGCCUGGGCCUGCGCUUCGCCAACCGCCGCCACGCCCUUGAGGAGCGCCUGAAGGCGGCGCACGGCCAAGUGGGAGGAGGCGGAGGCGGGGAGACCGUGUCGGUGCCCGGUUCGCGAGCAGGCGGAGGCCGCAAGGCCUUCAUGAUCGAGUUCUACGACGAGGAAAACCCUCGCAAGCGUCGGUCGUAUUCGUUUUCCCAGACCGUGCCGCUGCUGGCAGGGCCUGGCGGCGAAGGGCUGUGUCCGCAACCCCCCUCUCAGCCCAAAGUGUUCAGCAUUUCCACCUCGGCUACGGCGGCCUCGGACUCAGGUAAAGGCCCAGCUCCGAUAUCGGCCACAGUGGCUGCAGGGGCCCCGACGGCGGCCCGCGUUCUCCUCAAGCAGCGAUCCGAAGACCCCAGCAUUGGCCGGAGCUCCAUCAGCACCGGGCUGGCGACGGGGAGUCCCAGCAGCCCCAGCGAGGACGUCUCCAUCGCGGGACCCGGACCUGGGGCGGGGGAUGAGCACAGCGACAACGGGACCUACACUAUCGAGCUGGAGAACACAAACCUGGAGGAGGAGGAGGAGGCCAGGCGCAUGAUUGACAAGGUGUUUGGGCUGCAGCAGAACCAGGCCUCCUGCAUAUCAGACCUCCAAGGAGAGGGGCAAGAAAAGGAAACAAAAGAGACAGGAAAGGAGGCUCCUUUCGUCGACUCAAGCUGGGUCUCCCAGUGGGCAAGCUUGGCCGCCACUCACACCAGGACCGACCCAGAAGGCUCUGGGGCCGAGACAGCUGCCUUUGUGGACAAAGAAAGAGGAGCUGAUGCCUUGGUGUCCAGCACAAGCCAAUCCUCCUCAAGUCUGACCGAGCGCAAGCGUCGGACCCUCCCGCCUCUCCCCGUGGAUGACCCCCGCACUAAGACCAGUGCCGUCAAAGCAGCACCGCUGAGGUCUGAGAUUGGAGAAAAGCAGGACACGGAACCCCAGGAGAAACAGCACAAGGGAGACGGGGAAUCCCCACCCCCACCCAUGGAGAACGGAGACACGACCAGCAAACACAAAUCGAGCGCCAACGCCUCUCCCUGCAAGUCUCCGCAGCGGAACUCCAGCAGCGCUGAGCGCAGGAAGAGGUCGGAGAAAAGAAAGGAAGAAGGGGAAGGAGAGGGAGGAGAGAAGUCCGGGAAACCUCUCGUGCGCCAAGGCAGCUUCACCAUCGAGAAGCCCAGCGGCAAUGUCGCCCCGGAGCUCAUCCCGCGCAUUAACAGGGGCAGCGCUGGGACGCGCGAACGCAGCGACUCCGUGGGCAGCAUGGACACAGCCACGCUUCUGAAGGACACAGAAGCCGUCAUGGCGUUCCUGGAAGCCAAGCUAAGAGACGAAAACAAGCUAGAGCAGAAAGCGUCCAAAACCAGCAGCGUCAGCAGUCAGGUCUCAGGAUACGGCUACCCGCCUCGGACCGACUCCAUCUCCCCGGAGUCUGACGUGGACACGGCCAGCACGGCCAGCCACGUGGCCGGGGAGGCCGAAGGGAAGGCGGGCGGCAUGCAGAAACGGCGGUCCUUGAGUAGCAUGCAUCGGGAGAAGAGCAACAUGAGCACAGCGUCCAAAUCCAGCGUGUCUGCCAGCGCACGUGACCGCUUGGAGCGGAAGACAAAAAGCAGAACCACGGAAGCCACAAGUCGGACUGAAACGCGCCGCUCGGUUCAGCCGUCGUCUUCCAGAGCACGCCAGCCUUCCGUGGAUCUCACAGAUGACGACCAGACUUCCUCUUUCCCCAUUUCGGACAUCCUCUCAUCAGACCAGGAGACAUACUCUGGAUCAGCGUAUGGAUAUGAUAGCAGAGCUGCAAAGACCGCCACAAGCGCCAAAUCCAGCCGUACUCUUCAGGCGACUACGACGUCCUCACAGAGCAAACAGGCUGCGCUGCCCAAGCCGCGGCCCACCAGAGCCUACCUUCUCCGCAGAGCUCGCCUGGGGGACACCUCUGAUACGGACCUGGCCGAUGCGGACCGAGUGUCUAUAGCAUCCGAGGUGUCCACCACCAGCUCCACUUCCAGACCGCCGUCUAACCGGGGGGGAUUGUCUCGCCUGGACAUGCUGGCUCAGCCGCGUCGGAACCGCCUGGGCUCCAUCUCGGCUCGCAGCGACUCUGAGUGCACGGUGUCUCGGAGCUCCGCCGCCUCGCCACGCCCCUCGUCCGAGACGGCUCUGCGUUUGGGUUUACGCUCGUCCACGCCCACAGAGAACAAGCUGACGCCCAGGAUGAGGGCCAACAGCGUGUCCAAACUCAACGAAGCCAGAACUAAAACCACUACGACUGGAUACUGCUCUCCUACAGAGAGCUCUCAACCAGAGCCUGGCGGCGCUGAAACAGAUGAAGAACUUCUUGGUAUCGUACCGGCACUCCAGAACCUCCGUAGGGUGUCCAGCAGCAACAGGUGGAGACGCGUGCCGCCAGAGUACGCCUCCACCUCGGAGGAAGAGUUCAGCUCCAGCCGCAACUCUUCCAAGCAGGGAGGACGCCCCCACACGCGGCCGCAUCACCUAGUCCCGGCCCGCGGGUCAAAACCCACCAGCACCACUGCAAGCCAGGGAACUGGCGCGUUGCCGGGCGUGGGCGGCGUGGUGCUCAAACACCGCAUGAAAGAGCAGGACGAGUACAUUCGAGACUGGACGGCACACAGCGAGGAGAUAGCCAGGUUAUUCCCAUGUGUGCGUAGGAUCAGCCAGGACCUGGCCAAGGACCUGGCCACCUUGGCCCGCGAGAUCCACGACGUGGCCGGCAAGAUCGACUCAGUCAGCUCGUCGGACACGGCGCCCAGCACCACUGUCAGCACUGCCGCCACUACGCCGGGCUCGGCCAUCGACACGCGCGAAGAGGUAGGCCCAGGCCGCCCCACCCAGCCGGACUUACAGGCGAGCAUGAGAAAGUUGGUGGACCGGGUGUUUGACGAGAGCCUUAAAUUCAGAAAAGCUCCUCCCAUCAUCUCCACCACGAAGAUGCCGGAGAUCAACGGCAAGCCGACCGAGCUCCGCCCCCGCCCCCCAGACGGCCAUGAUUCCCGAGCUCUGAGGAGACGUACCUGGAACCGAGAGGAUGCGGUGUUGGACAGCCUUCUGCUCCAUUCAGUUUCUCAGCUGUCCACCAAGAUCAGACUCUCUACCGACAAAACAGCGGGAAAAAUCAGGAUAUUGUUCAAGGAUGAGGACAGGAACUGGGAGGACAUUGAAAGCAAACUGAAGUCUGAGAGUGACGUGCCGCUCCUAAAAACCUCCAACAAGGAGAUCUCGUCUGUGCUACUCGAGCUUAGAAAAGUUGAGAAGCAGCUUGAAGUGAUUAAUCUGAUGCUGGACCCAGAAGGAAAGCUGGACACCUUGGCCAGCCCCAGCACGCCAACCAAGCCUGCGAUCAGCAAACCAGUGCCCCCCUCCACCAGCAGCCCCCCGCAGCUCCCGACCAAACAACUGCUUCCAGAGAUCCUUCCUGCGACCGGCGGGUCGACAGAGUCGGCGAGGGUUCCUCCGACUUGCUCUGCCUCUAGCACGGACGUCACCAUCGGCCUCGGGUUGUCAUCAGUCGGGGGGCUGCCUUUUAGCCGCAUGCGGCCCAACGGGAAGGAGGCCCUCGCACAGAAGUGAAACUAAAGUGACUGAAUUGAAGCCGUGAAUGAACCACUGUUAGAAUUGCAGCUGCUUAUGAACUGAACGCUCCAUCUCCUCAUGUGUGGACCUUCCUCCAUGCCUUAAAAACAUCCCAUGUGCCCUCAGACAAGACUCUCUGCUAGUUUUCAGACAAACAGAAUGCAUGUACAGAUGACUUUGACAAUACACAGUAUUUCUUUUUACACUGCAGUCAAUUUUAGCAGCCCUUAUGUGACCAACUUAGUCCAAAACAGACUUUUUACACUAAUUAAGUAAGCAGAAAUGCAGUUUUAUAAGACACACUAUCUGACAAAAGAGAGCGCGGCCCUCCCAUUUCAGCAAGUAUUUCACCUUGUCAAGGAAGUAAACUUGGAUACAUACUUUAGAGUAGUCCGUGUAAAGCUUGUAUAGCAGUCUAGAUUUAUUAUCUACUGGGGAAAAAAAUUACCGGUAGUGCUUGGGCACCAUGCUUCACUGAAGCAACUCACUUGCGUCGCCAGAUAUUUCAACAAUGUCUGUGUGUUGACUCAUUUUCAGUGGUUAGUAAAGCCCUACACGCUGUACACCGAGUACUCUAAAGUAUCUUGACACAUUACUUCAUAUGACUUUUGUGCGAUACCACUGUUCUUAACAGUCCGUCCAUUGCAUCUUCUUUUAGCCUUUUACUUGUCCCGUCCUCAGAACCUACUAGUUGGACCUCCAGUAGCAUGUACUAGUUGAAAAUGUGUGUGUGGAGCCUAUUUACGCUUUAGUCAAAAAGUACCAAAGUUAAGGUUUAUUUUGUUAAUGCACAUUUUCCCUCCGAUUCUUUCAGUUUGGCAAUAUAGAAACGCUUAUCAUUGCUGCCUUAUCUUCAUUUUGCCUGUUGGAACUGGUGUCAUCAGCCCAUGUAGCACGCAAGUGUCCUAUAUUUUUUUUUUUUUGCGAUUGGACUUUUUCUAGUUUAGUCUUCUAUUGAACAAAAAGUAGCUAUUUUGUAAUAUUUGGAUACUGAUGUUUUGUAGGUGUUUUACCAGUUUCAUUUGUGUGAAUUUCCUAUUGUCUUUAAACUAGCUCCUCCCUCCUAUUUAUGAAUGUUGCCUAUAAUGCAGCAUCAUGUAUAAAAAAAAUCUACAUUGUUCAUUGUCCUGCAGAAGUUUUGCCAACAUUUACUUUUAAAGACAUAAACCACUCCCUGUACCACUCAUCUUGUAUAUAGUAUUAGUACUGAGAGGAUUUAGCGAUGAGAUGCUCUGCUUUGCCUGAUAUUGGUAGAUAAUGAAGAAAAAAUGUUUAUUUUGCACAUUUGUUGUUUUUUUUGCUUAGAGAACGUGCAAGGCUGCAUCGUGAUGUCCCAAGCUUUCACCACUUUUUAAAUAAGAAAAAAAAACGUAUUGAAGUGAAUUUUCGGUACCAGUAUUUUUAUUUUUUAAAUCUCCAUGUUUGGUCAGUUUUUUUUUGUGUAAAGGAAACAUUUAUUUAUUUUACUUUAAUUGUGAAUGUUUUAUGUAUUUUAUAUUUGUUUAAUUCUGCAGUUUUUAUUGUCAAUAAAACAGAACCAUCCACUAGGUCUUCUUCAAUGUUACGAGUCACCUUUUACUCCAUUUCAAAUAAAAAUGUUUUAUUUCUUAGAACACCACAAGAAGCAUACUAAUAACGAAAACAAUCUGUA